AUGUCCUCCACCGUCCCCGCUUUCGAUCCCGCCAAUGUUCAGGGCGAUAUUCUUGUCGGUCUCCCCAAGAAGGCCCAGCAGUACAUCAUCUUCCAGAUUGAUGACAACGUCACCGGCUUCAGGAAGGCCCUCAACAACCUCAUCCCUCUGAUCACCACGACCACCCAGGUACAGCAGGACCGCACCAAGAUCGCCAACAACAAGAAGGCGGCGAAGGAGCAGGGCAAGACCCCCGCAUUGAUCAAGCUUUCCGGCGUGAACGUUGCGUUCUCCCAGGCUGGCUUGACGAAGCUGGGAAUUACCGAUGACCUCCUCGACCCUGCGUUCAAAGAGGGCCAGCUGGCCGACGCUCAGAACCUGGGUGAUCCGGGCUCGACUGCGAGUGGCAAGUUCGUUCCCGACUGGCUCCCCGCCUUUUUGCAGGGCAACAUCCACGGUGUGAUCCUCAUCUCGGGCGAUUGCAAUGCGACCAUCGCCGAGACCCGUGUUGUGAUCGAGCGCAUCUUCAGCGUCGGCGCCUCCAACGCCACCCUCCAUGAAGUGACCACGCUCAUAGGCAAGGUUCGCCCCGGCCUCGAGGAUGGCCACGAGCAUUUCGGUUUCCUCGACGGUAUCUCGCAGCCCGCGAUCGAGGGCAUUGACACGAACCCCAACCCCGGACAGGAGACUGUCCGCCAGGGCAUUAUCCUCCUCGGCCGCGACGGUGACGGCACUACGGGCCGCCCUUCGUGGGCGAUCGAUGGCAGUUUCCUUGCCCUCCGUUACCUCUUCCAGCUGGUCCCGGAGUUCAACAACUUCCUCAAGGGCAACGCCCUCACGGGCAACGGUCUCACGCCGGACCAGGGGAGUGAGCUCCUCGGCGCUCGCCUCAUGGGCCGCUGGAAGAGCGGCGCGCCGAUCGACCUUGCGCCCACUCAAGACGACCCCGCGUUGGGCGCGGACGCUUCCCGCAACAACAACUUCCGGUACGCCUUCACCGAUGACCAGACGACCACCAUUCGUUGCCCCUUCGCGGCGCACACGCGCAAGACCAACCCUCGCGCGGAUCUCGAGGACCCGCCGAUCAGCUUUUCCACGGAGACGCGGCGCAUCAUCCGCCGUGGUGUUCAGUUCGGUGAUGAAGUGACUCCGCAAGAGGCGGCCUCCGGCAAGACGGCGCUCGACCGUGGCCUCAUCUUCGCCGCAUACCAGAGCACCAUCCCGAACGGCUUCCAGUUCAUUCAGAAGAGCUGGGCGAACACCGUCAGCUUCCCCCCCAACAAGCCUUUCACCCCCGGUUUCGACCCCAUCAUCGGUCAGACCAACGACGACUCAGUGCGCACCCUCGCCGGCACGGACCCGAACAACCAGACCGCCGAGCUCUCGCUCCCCACGGACUGGGUUCUCCCCAAGGGCGGCGAGUACUUCUUCUCGCCCUCGAUCCCGGCUCUGCGCACGAAGUUCGCGCUCGCGGCUUGA